AUGACAGAAGGCAUGACCCUUCGAAGACCUCGGGUUCACAUUCGCUUUUUGCUAUCUGAAGAGGGAGUUGUCAUCAAUUUGAGGCAAGGCUCAGAGGACAAGAUUAUCAUGACCGGCUUUGGGAAAUGCUACAAGAAGCUCAACUUCGCGAAAGUGGUGAAGACUUACCCUUCCCAAGCCGUCGGCAUGGCAAACAGAAAUUGCAUUGUCAGCUACACAAGCGAGGAUAGCUUGGGGUACCCGCAGAAACCCAUCAGUCUUUAUGACUUGGACAUCUUUGAUGAUGACCCUGAUUUCAAUUUCUUAAGAAGCUCUACCAGGACCUAUGACUUCUGCGUUGCCGCAAGCCGAAACCGAGGCGGGGACCUGCCGCAAUUGAUUUAUGGCCAUGAAGAUGGGUCAGAGAGUGAAGGUCACUAA